UGCUAGUGUUCCUUCCCUAGCAAAGGAGCUGCUGUGCUAGAACCUCCUCAUACAUUCUGCAAUGUACGGGCCUUGGCAAAAGAGCUGGUAAAGCCUCAAACAAGAUGGGCUUCCUCUCGAGUCUGAUCAGCAAGAAGCAGAGCGAGGGCCACGGGCCCCCGCGCUUGGACACCAACCGAGUGCUCCGCUCUCCGCCCGCGGAAGACGACCACAUUUACUCUUCCUCAAACACGCCCGUAUUCACACCGCGCAACGAGGAGGAACCGGACGGCUUUGACCUGUCCAAGCUGCGACCGGUGCGCGUGCGGACAUCCGUCGUGCGCGAGGGAGGUCCGAAAACGACGGGCCAUGCCGGGAAUGGAUUUUACGGGGCCAAAGCUGGAGCUGAUUCGGAGGAAAAUGGGCGAGCAGAAAACGGGAUUGAGGGGGCCGGGUUAGAGGCUAACCUGGAGGGAUCGCCCGUCGUUCAGGAGCUGCCGCACAAUGAAACGCCGGCAUCGGCGGCGUCGUCCAUAAGCUAUGUGACGGAGCCAGACGAUGAGGAACCGGCGGCGGAGUCUCAGCCCCUAACCGGUUCUCGGCAGAGCGCAGCACUGGGGACAAUCAGAGAAGUGCCCGAACUGGAGUAUAGUCCUGGGCAAGAAACGAGCACCCAGAUCGGAAAGAAGUCUCCGCUCGGCGUUGAGAACGGUCCUCAGAGGCUGCUCAUUUCGGACUGGCCCGGACAGCACCUGGUGGCGUACGAAAGCACAGGUUCGGACCAGGGGGCUGAACUCGCAGGAAACGUUACCCCCCCACCAAGGGGCAGUCCGAACGGGGGGCAAAACUCUUCAGCCGAAACGACACCCCUGCCAUUGAUUGGUCGGCAGGCAGCCCCCGCCAAAACCCCGCAACCCUUUGGCAUAAACCCGGCGAAGAUCCGCAACCAGGCCGCAAAGAGCGGGCCGCAAGCUUUCCUCGACAUCUCCCGCAAGCCGACGGCGGAGGACAUAAGGGCGCGGCUCGGGCUGGCGGCCAACGAGCCGAUCACUGCAUCGAGGGCUACGAUUCGGCCGAUCAUCAAAUACGUGUUCCGGCCAACGUAUCUGGUGUUUCUAGUGCUGGGUCCGUGGUACUUUUACACGCUGUCACUCGCAUACGCGAACGUGAUUGUGAGCAGCAUGUUCUUUGUGAGCGAGCUCGUAAGCUGGCUGCUCGGGAUCUGCUUCUUCUUCAACUUCUGGUACGCUACGGAGCGCAACGAUAUCACGCUCAGAGGGAUGUACCCCACAUUUGAGAAGGACGAUUGGCCCGAGGUUGACAUCUGCUUCUGCCACUACUUGGAGCCCGUGGAAGAGCUGCGGGGCCCGCUCGAGAAGGCCCUGCAGAUGGACUACCCCAAGCACAAACUGCACAUCAAGAUCCUGGACGACGGGUACCUCGGCAAGCGCGCCAACGGCGCGUACGGCGUCUCGACGCUCGGGGCGGAGCUCGAGUCCAUGGUCAUCAAGGUUUUGGAAGGGUUAAAGCCUAACCGGAUAAAGAUCCCCGGGCACUUGGUGCCCCGACGGCACACCGCGCCGGGGGGCAUGGUAAUUGUGAAUUUCGUGGACCCGAAAAAAAGGCUUCCGAAAGUGAGCAUCAUUAGCCGGAUGAAGGGCAAGGAGAGCCACUUCAAGACGGGGAAUCUGGAGAACGCCAUUUACAACGCCGGCACGUCCGCCCAGUUCCUGGCCUUCUUCGACGUCGACAUGGAGCCCAAGCCGGACUUUUUGCAGCGCAUCAUGCCGCUCUUCUACCAGUACGACGUCGAAAAGGAGGCAUGGCUGCCCGACUGGAAGGUCGGCUUCGUUCAGACCCCCCAGACGUUCAGCAACAUCGAGGAGUCGCAGGGUUCCGACGAUCCGCUGUACCAGAGCAACGGAGUCUUCUUCUCCAGCAUCCAGGCCGGAAGGGACGGCAUCGGUAUGGCGUCGUUCGCCGGAACGAACGCGGUCUUCUUCAAGCCAGCCCUUGAUGACGGCCUGGGCUUCAUCUACGGCUGCCUGACGGAGGACGCGGCGACGGCCAACAAGCUGCACAGCUUCGGCUGGAAGGGCGCGUAUCUGAACAUCAACCUAGCGUCGGGGCACGCGCGCGAGACGGUCGGGGAGACCAUGGACGAGCGGAAGCGAUGGGUCAUCGGGUCGGUCCAGAUGUUCUGGCUAGAGUAUGGACGCACCUGGCUCGGCAUCUCGCGGCGGUUUCUCAACCCGCCGCUGCGGCAACAGGCCGACAAGAAGCUGACGUUGGCUCGGUACGCACCGAAGGAGGCGGCGAAGCCCAUCUGUCCGGAGGACACGGGGCACCAUUUCCGCGACGCGCGGCGGAAGAGCACGAUCCUGCGGAUCUUCCACACCAUCAUCUUCUUCGACAUGACGCUGUACCCGCUUGGGGCCCUCGAGGCGGUGGCAAUGUACGUCAUGGCCAUCAUUUACUGCGUGGGUGACGUGUCACCGCUCAAGUUCUUUGCGAUCGGGGGCAAGUUCUCGACGGGGGCGAUCCUGGUCAUCACUCUCGCAUGCUACCAGGCGGUGCGCCUCUUCAUGUUUGGCGUCGCGUGUUACGUCCUCUUCAAGAACGGGACGGUGGCCAAAGACAUCUACCGGUCCAUGCAAGCCUGGUUCGGUUUCGCAUGGACCACCAUCGUUGGCACGAUCGAGGCGACGUACAUCGCGGUGCGCGGCCGCGGGAUGAAGUGGGGCGACCACAAGACGGGCAUCCGGCCCAUGCUGGAGCUGCCCAACCUAGUUGCCUGCAUCAUGCUGCUCGUCGCCAUGGUCGUCGCGUGCGCCAACCUCUUCAUCGAGGUGGGAAUGUGUCCCUUUCGUAUUCCGUUUCCGUUUCCGUUUCCAUUUCCGUUUCCGCUCCGUCUGAACGGAAGUUCAUGGUCGUCGCGUGCGCCAAUCUCUUCAUCGGGGUGGGAACGCGUCCCUUCCGCAUUCCGUUUCCGUUUCGGCUUCGCAUGGACAGAGUUGGUUUUAGAGUGCGCCAACCUCUUCGUCGAGAUCACGACUCCAAAGCGCAGCGGGUUCAGCGUUGCCGGGUCGCUGACGUUCGCAUUGUUCGUGCUGGUCAAUCUUUGGCCCACAACGCGCUGCACGCUCGCGGAGAUCAACCGACUGCCCACAUGGGCUUACAAGAUGCCGUUAAUGAUGAUGGUUACUGGUGCGGUCAUCUUUGGCAUGAUCUUUAUGUCCGUCAUGGGCAAAGUUCUGCAGCCGCCCUUCGUCUACGGCGCCUUCGGAACCGGGCAGUACCGGAACCUCUUCCAGGAAGCCGGAAUCGACCCCACCCUGGUGCAGCCCAAGAUCGACGGCCUGUACAACGCCACGUUUCUGGGCGGCCCCGCCACGCGGCUGUUCUUCCAGGUGGACGACACGUCAGCAGUCAUCCAGGACCCCGUGACGGGCUACGUGACGUCACUUGGGAUGAGCUACGGCAUGAUGUUUGCUCUGCAAAUGGGCGCGCGGAAGCAGUUUGACCAGCUGUGGGGCUGGACGCGCGCGAACAUGAUGAUCCAGCCGCCCAAUCAGCACGCCGGCUUCUUCGCAUCCACGAUGACCAAGUCCGGGGCGGUCGUCGACGGAGUUCCGACUCCGCUGGCGGAAGAGUACUUCGUGACGUCACUCCUCUUCGCGGCGGGACGGUGGCAGAUUACAGGUCCGGACGCGUCCGGCGACUACCGCCGGUGGGCGCAGAAUAUCCUGAGCAACAUGCUGUACCGCGAACAGAUCGCGGGGAUCGUCGGCAGCGCGACGCCCGAGACCAGCAUGUUCGCGUCCCAAACCCCAAACCUCGUGACCUACAAGCCGACCGCGGCCGGUUCCCAGUACACGGCGACCGCUUACCAGACGCCCGUGUUUUACGACCUCUGGUCCCGAUGGGUGCCCGGACGGUUCGGCGGGGGGAAGAACCGGUUCUUGGCGUUGGUCUCAAAAAGCAGCAGAGACUUCCUGAAGAACUCGUUUUCCACGGCUUCCGGCCUUCCGCCGGAGUUGAGCUACCUGAACGGAACGGCGAUGCCGGCACAGGGCGCCAGCAAACCGGUGUUCGGGCCACUCGCUUAUCAGACGGGGGCCAACAUAGCCUUGGACGUGGCCUGGCUCGGGCUGAAAGCGGACGCCUGGGAGGUGACGCGCUGCUCGGAGCUGCUCGCCUUCUUCUUCGCUGAGGGCGUCAAGAACUACGGCCUCAGCUACGACCUGGACGGCACCAGCCUGCAGCCCAACCUAGUUGCCGACGAGCGGGUCGGCCUGGUCGCCAUGAACGCGGUGCUCGCGCUCGGGGUUCCCCCAAAUGACGUGGCGACCGCGUUCGUCAAGGCGCUGUGGAACUCCGCGCUGCCCGCGACCGGAAGCAACCGGUUGACGAACAGCCUGCUGUACAUGUUCGGAAUGUUGCACGCGGGGGGGCAAUUCAGGGUAUACGCGCCGGUUUGGUAA